GCUGGGCGCAUGGGUUUCGUCAGAAGGUGGAAAUUGCACGGAGAAGCUGCCAUCUCCCCGCCACCCGGCUCGCCUCCCCGACUCCCUCUCCUUCCUUCCUCCCUGGCUUCUCUCCGCUCCCUCCUCCACCCCCAGGACCCUCCACUUUACUCCGAGUUAACUGAGAACCAGGCUGCUCCCCCGUCCCCCCAACACUGUCUCCUCUCCCCAGCCCCCAAUCACCAAGAAUGGAGUCGGGGUUUCCGGAGAGACCAAACUCUCCUCCCAGCAUCUUUGCCAUCCGCUGUUUUUAAACCGGUUGGGAGGACGAGGGGGGAAGGGAAGCCCGACCCCCCAUCCCCACCCUCCGGACACCACUCCACACCAACCACCUCCUCCUCUCCAAAAAGCCGGAUUUUGCAUUUUGCAUUUUGCAUCCUGGGGGCGGGACAGGCCAUCCCCGGGCCGAAUUCUCCUUCUACUCCUGGAGGUGGGCACACCCAGAAUGAAGAAGAUGAGCAACAUUUAUGAGUCGGCGGCCAACACGCUGGGGAUCUUUAACAGCCCCUGCCUGACCAAAGUGGAGCUGCGUGUGGCCUGCAAAGGCAUUUCCGACAGAGAUGCCCUCUCCAAGCCAGACCCCUGCGUCAUCCUCAAGAUGCAGUCACACGGGCAGUGGUUUGAGGUUGACAGAACAGAGGUGAUUCGCACCUGCAUAAACCCAGUGUAUUCAAAACUGUUUACUGUGGACUUUUACUUUGAAGAGGUGCAGCGCCUGCGGUUUGAGGUCCAUGACAUCAGCAGCAACCACAAUGGGCUGAAGGAAGCUGACUUCCUUGGAGGCAUGGAGUGCACGCUUGGCCAGAUUGUUUCCCAGAGGAAGCUGUCCAAAUCCUUGCUGAAGCACGGGAACACAGCUGGGAAGUCCUCCAUCACGGUGAUUGCUGAAGAACUAUCUGGCAAUGAUGACUAUGUUGAACUUGCAUUCAACGCUCGGAAAUUGGAUGACAAGGAUUUCUUCAGUAAAUCUGACCCAUUUCUGGAAAUUUUCCGUAUGAACGAUGAUGCAACUCAGCAGCUUGUACACCGAACUGAGGUUGUGAUGAAUAACUUAAGCCCAGCCUGGAAAUCAUUCAAAGUAUCAGUAAAUUCCCUAUGCAGUGGAGAUCCAGACCGCCGGCUGAAGUGCAUAGUAUGGGACUGGGAUUCCAAUGGCAAACAUGACUUCAUUGGAGAAUUCACCUCGACAUUCAAGGAGAUGAGAGGAGCAAUGGAAGGGAAGCAGGUGCAGUGGGAGUGCAUCAACCCCAAGUACAAAGCCAAGAAGAAGAAUUAUAAGAACUCAGGCAUUGUGAUUUUGAAUCAAUGCAAGAUCCACAAGAUGCAUUCUUUCUUGGACUACAUCAUGGGUGGCUGCCAAAUCCAGUUUACAGUAGCUAUAGACUUCACCGCCUCCAAUGGGGACCCCAGGAACAGCUGUUCCCUGCACUACAUCCACCCUUACCAGCCCAACGAGUACCUGAAGGCCUUGGUGGCUGUAGGGGAGAUUUGCCAAGACUAUGACAGUGACAAAAUGUUCCCAGCCUUUGGAUUUGGUGCCAGGAUACCCCCAGAGUACACGGUCUCUCAUGACUUCGCAAUCAACUUUAAUGAAGACAACCCAGAAUGUGCAGGAAUUCAAGGAGUUGUGGAAGCCUAUCAGAGCUGCCUUCCGAAGCUCCAACUCUAUGGUCCCACCAACAUCGCCCCCAUCAUUCAGAAGGUGGCCAAAUCGGCAUCAGAAGAGACUAACACCAAGGAGGCAUCGCAAUACUUCAUCCUGCUGAUUCUGACCGAUGGUGUCAUCACAGACAUGGCUGACACCCGAGAGGCCAUCGUCCACGCCUCCCACCUCCCCAUGUCAGUCAUCAUCGUAGGAGUGGGCAACGCUGACUUCAGCGACAUGCAGAUGCUGGACGGUGACGAUGGGAUCCUGAGGUCACCCAAGGGAGAACCUGUCCUUCGAGACAUCGUCCAGUUCGUGCCCUUCAGGAACUUCAAACAUGCAUCUCCAGCUGCCCUGGCAAAGAGUGUGCUGGCUGAAGUCCCAAACCAAGUCGUGGACUAUUACAACGGCAAAGGGAUUAAGCCGAAAUGUUCAUCAGAAAUGUAUGAGUCUUCCAGGACACUAGCACCAUGAACUCCACGCACUUUUACAGAGUUCUGAAAUACUACUCCUGCUAAUAUUUACUACUUCUACUACUCAUGUACUUUAAAAAAGCCACACAUUUAAAAACUAGCACGGUUUGGUGAUUUUUAACUAACUGGCCAUUUAUUUUAUUUUAUUAUUAUUAUUAUUUAUUUUUUUGCAUGUGUAGCCAUGAGGUCUGGAUCUGGUAAGCCCUUGUAUUAUUCAAAACUUUUUACAAAGAAACACAAAUAAUUCCAACUUACUCUUUACAUUACAGCAUGUCGACUUGAAAUAAAAUGGUAUCUGUAUCCAUUUUUUAUACAGGUUUGUUGAAAUUUUGCUAAAUUUCUUAUUAUCUUUACACUGUAAAGCAUUUUGAAACAACUACUGAAUGUCGAUAGCCAAAACAUGUUUGGUUUUAUCUGCUACGGGAUGAGAGACUUUUCAAAAUGGUAGAUGCAUGGACUGUAUUUUGCAUGUUUAAAA